CGCCGUCCCCUUUAAGGGCCGCGGCGGCGGUGGCGCCCCGCCCGCCCGCUCGCCCGCUUCUCCGCGCACAGGAAGUGCGGCCGCGGCUCCGCGGCGGGGCCCGCGCGGUUGUGUCUUCAUUUUGCUGAUUCAAACCACAGAUUCCAAGGAAAGGAGGAGAAGUGGAAUAAAAUACUCAAGUGCCAGAGGAAAAGCCAGACUAGCCAAUGAAAAUGACUGUUACUAAACUGUAGACUGCUCUCACUUAUACGCAGUGAGAGAAAAAACUGCUGUCAAUUCAAAGCAUAUAAAAUUACUUUUGCAGAUGUUCCUCACUGAACUUCAAAUAGACUAAACCCCUUCAACUAGGGUUGACUUAGGAAGCGGAAGUAUGACUCCUUGCUGGUGUCUUCCAUCUUCUUCCCCCUCUGUGGGGCUUUUUGUUUGGGGUAGGAAAUCCUGAACAAAUUGUAUGGCGUCAACGAAACUUACAGUUGAUGGUUAUGGAUGACAUAGGAACUUCAGUAUUAUGUCUCUGCAAUGACACCUGAUUAAGGCAAAGAUUGGAAACUGCUCUUCAGCUACUUUCUUAAAACUUAGGGUAACUAUUACAGUCAUGAUUUCUUUCUCUUUCUAAGAUUUGAACUCUGGGGUGAUGUUCCCUGGAAGGCAUGAGCAGAUAAGUCAUCUUUUUGGACUGGAAACUGAAAUAAUAUGAGAAUGCCCAGAAGAGGCUUAGUAAUUCAAGCCAGGACUCGUUGGCUAUUAGUGGGCCUUGCUUUACUAUUCAGUUUAGUCUUGCUCAUGUACUUGCUUGAGUGUGCUCCACAAACAGAUGGUAAUGGAUCUCUGCCUGGUGUCGUAGGUGAAAACAUGGGUAAAGAAUACUAUCAGGCUCUCUUGCAGGAACAAGAAGAACAUUAUCAAAACAGAGCUACCAGCCUGAAACGUCAGAUUGCCCAGUUAAAGCAAGAGCUUCAGGAAAUGAGUGAUAAAUUGAAAUCCCUGCAGGAAAAAAAGAGCCCUAAGGUGAAUGGUAUGAAUUACCAGGGCACCAAAGAACAAGCAUCCAAUGAUCUCCUAGAGUUUCUUCAUUCCCAGAUUGAUAAAGCUGAGGUGAGCGUGGGGGCCAAACUGCCUAGUGAAUAUGGUGUCAUUCCUUUUGAAAGUUUUACAUCCAUGAAGGUAUUCCAGUUGGAGAUGGGGCUCACUCGGCAUCCAGAGGAGAAACCUGUUAGAAAGGAUAAACGAGAUGAAUUGGUGGAAGUUAUUGAGGCUGGCCUAGAAGUUAUCAAUAAUCCGGAUGAGGAAGAUGGACAAGAUGAAGAUGAUGGAGUAGGAGAGAGGCAGCUGUAUAGUGAAAAUGAUUUCAUAGAAGGUUACUAUCGUACAGAAAGAGAUAAGGGGACACAGUAUGAGCUGUUUUAUAAGAAGAUGGAUGGCAUGGAAUACAGGCAUGUCACCUUGUUCCGACCUUUUGGACCCCUCAUGAAAGUGAAGAGUGAAACGGUCGAUAUUUCUAGAUCAAUCAUUAACAUUAUUGUCCCUCUUGCUGGAAGAACUGAGGCAUUUGCACAAUUUAUGCAAAACUUUAGGGAUGUGUGUAUUCAUCAGGAUAAGCGUGUUCACCUCACAGUGGUGUAUUUUGGACAAGAUGGGCUAUCAGAAGUAAAAAGCAUCCUAGAGUCUGUAGCUAGAGAAACUAACUUCCACAAUUACACGCUUGUCUCUCUGAAUGAGGAAUUUAACCGAGGCCGAGGACUUGACAUGGGCGCCAGAGCCUGGGAAAAGGGCGAGGUCCUGAUGUUCUUCUGUGAUGUCGAUGUUUAUUUCACAGCCGAGUUCCUCAACAGUUGUCGCUUAAAUGCUGAACCUGGGAAAAAGGUCUUUUAUCCUGUGGUAUUCAGCCUUUAUAAUCCUGCUAUUGUCUAUGCCAACCAAGAUGUACCACCCCCUGUGGAGCAACAAUUGGUACACAAGAAGGAUUCUGGUUUCUGGCGGGAUUUUGGCUUUGGGAUGACUUGUCAGUAUCGGACAGACUUUCUUACUGUUGGGGGUUUUGACUUGGAAGUGAAAGGCUGGGGCGGUGAGGACGUUCACCUUUACAGAAAGUACUUGCACGGUGACCUUAUUGUGAUCAGGACACCGGUCCCUGGUCUCUUUCACCUCUGGCAUGAGAAACAUUGUGCAGACGAGCUCACUCCAGAGCAGUAUCGCAUGUGUAUCCAGUCCAAAGCCAUGAACGAGGCCUCUCACUCACACCUUGGGAUGCUGGUCUUCAGGGAGGAGAUUGAGACUCACCUCCGUAAGCAGGCUUACAGGACUAACAGCGAAGCAGUGGGUUAAAUGUCACCCCUGUGACAUUUGAUGACUUCAAAUUCACAGUGAACCAGCAUCAUUUUACAGCCUUAAUUCAGCUUAAAAAUGCAGUGCCUCUCUUUUUCAGUGAAGAAGAGUUUAGAGGGAUUUUGGUUCUUGUAUUUGUUUUCCGAGUAAUUCUUUGACUGAUGUGCUAUUACCUACAUAUCUUGCAAGUUCAAGCACCUCAAAAAAAUUGGGAAGCAUAUGUAGUUCAAGGAAAGUGUCUUCAGUAUCAAUUGAAAAAAAUCAGUGGAAUGUACAACUCAACACUUUUCCAUGUGGUACAUUUCAAUUCUUAUAUUUGCAUUAUUUUAAGAAUUAAAUUAAAUAAUCUUUUGUGUUGUCUUGAGUAUUUUCAGUCUGUUUGGCUCACUGCAGUGUGACUUUAGAAGGAUACUAUACUUACACUCCAUUGUAGAGACAAGAGAAAGGUGUGAAAAAUAAUCUCACCGUGAAAAGUAUAUGGGACGCGCUGACUGGUAUGCCAACUGUUGUGGUUGCUGAUUUCACAGCAAGGGCUUGGUGCCACAUUUGCUGUAUUAACAGACAUUCACAUGGUUGAAUGUAGAAUAAUUCAUGUGAAAGGGGGGGGAUGAAAAUCUAAGUGGAAUUUUAGAGCAUAUAAUGUGAUUUCACACUGCAGAAGAGACACCACCUUCUUAUCUCUGUGAUGGAUCAGACAAGUUGGGAACGUUCCAGUUGGGUGUUUCAAGGUCUGGUCUUUUCCCACAGUAGAUCCCACAUCACAGAAUCCCUUCUAUAAAGUGGGCAAUGCUAUUAAACUUAUUUGUUUAAAGA